AAAGAAUAAACAAAUACACGCGGCCAUUGCUGAGCUCUGUUAUUUCCACACAGCAAUUUACUUCUUCGGUCGCUGUCUCUCUCUCGCCUCAUCGAAGGAAAUCAAGCAAGCCAUAGCUUAUGAUCCAAAAAUGAAUCAAGAACUACCAUCAGAAAUCGUUGCAGAUAUCCUUUUGAGGCUUCCUCUUGAAAACGUUGCAGCUUGCAAAUGCGUUUGCAAACCAUGGCUCAAUGCAGCGGAGACUGACGAUUUUGUCGAGUCUCAUUUUUCUAAAUCUGCUCCCGCUGCUCCUGUCCUUGUAGUCUCGAUGCCGGGUACACAUUCAAAUUGGUUCAGUGUUUUCAAAUUGGAAGACGAGCACAAACGCGAUCCCAUCAUCAAGUUUGAUUUCCCGCAAGCAUCAACAAUACAGGGUUCUGCCAACGGCUUGCUUCUUCUGGAAAAUCCCUUUAUUGAUCAUUUGUACGUAUGUAAUCCGAUCACCCGUGAAUAUGUUGAGCUCCAUGGGCUCCACACUCACCCGCGGGGGGACUGUUAUGGAUUUGGAGUGGGCAAAAUAAGCGGACAGCAUAAGGUUGUCUAUCUUAAUCCUAAAUCCGGAUGUCAUGUGUACACUCUCGGAACAGGAUCCUCGUGGAGACGCGUUGAAGCUGUCCCCUCGUUCAACCACUGCGACAAAUCUGUUGGUGCAUUUGUUAAUGGCAAUCUCCAUUGGUUAGUUUCAAAUGGGCAGGAGCGUGCUUAUAUUUGUUGUUUUGAUGUUGAGACGGAAUGUUUUAGCACCUUCUCUGCACCGGGUACAAUUACCACGGGAGAGUUGUAUGUUUUAGGGGAUUGCUUGAGUUUUUGUGAUAUUGAACCAUAUGAAGAUGAUAACGUGAUCUGGCUGUUGAAGGAAUAUGAACAGGCCGAGAAACGUUGGAGCGAAGUACAUUUUAUCUUGCAAGAAGAAGCUUGUUAUGGUUAUGGUGUCUACAACCACAAUCAUUUUCAGCCUAUCAAUAUUUACCCAAAUGGUGACAUGUUAAUUUUGUGCGAUGAGAAACUGUUUACAUACUACUGCAGCAAGGAGAGAACUGUUAGAGAAAUUGGUUUGUUUGGUAAAAAGGAUGAUGAUUGUUUGUAUAUCAACUCCAUUCUUCUCACUCCAAAUUUUCUCUCACUCAAAAGAAAUUUAGGGAUGGAAAAUGUAAUCUCAUUUUAGUUGGAACAUGUAUUUUCUUUGACAGUGCGGUUUGUAAUUUACUUUUGUAAACUAUAUUAACUAUUUUAAAUCGUUUAGUUAAA